UCGCAUUAAGCAACUCGUGUGUGAUUAUAAUUGAAAACAAAUUAAGAAAGUUUUAUUGGAUUUAUAUCGUCUGGAGGAUAUAUUGUGCGGUAACAACAAUAAGAAGCCAAUCUGCAGUAAAAAAUUCCCAUCAUCCCCAACCCCAGCCUCUCCCAAUGACCCACCUAAAACCCGCCACCACUUACACUUCCUGUUGCCUACAUGAGCCGGUAAAAUUAUUGGCCUCCACCGAAAGCCUAAAUGACAUCCAGCCAAAAACUAUACCCGGAUUUUUCCGAGAAUGUUGUGAAAAAUACCAAACCCACACAGCCUUGGCUUACAAGGCAGACAACCCCGGCCACAAUUCCAACAACUGGACCCACAUAACCUACAAUGACUACUUCGAAAAUGUUGAAAAAGCCGCCUUAGCAUUACUCCAUCUUGGCGUUGAGGCUCGCUCCUCAGUUGCCAUACUGGCGGCUAAUUGUCCCGAAUGGUUUUACAUUGAGUUGGCAGCGUUACGUAUCAAUGCUGUGGUGGCUGGGAUUUAUACAACCAAUUCCGCGGAGGCAGUCUAUCAUGUUUUGGAGACAUCCGAUGCUUCAGUGGUUGUGGUCGACAAUAGCCAACAAAUGGAAAAAAUUCGAGCUAUACGUUCACGUUUACCCAAACUGAAGGCUAUUGUUCAAUUAUCGGCACCUUAUGAUUUUGAGGAAACUGAUGAGAAGAGCGGCUAUUACUCGUGGGCGAAUUUAAUGCAGCUGGAUUUUGGAAAGGGUUUGCGAAACGAGUUAUUAUUCCGUGAAGAGGAUGUGGCUGCCAAUAUGUGUUCUCUGCUGAUAUUUACGUCUGGCACUGUGGGCCUGCCCAAAGGCGUAAUGGUGUCUCACGAUGCCGUACUCUAUGUCGUUCAAGCCUUGAAUAAAUCCUUGACGCAAUUAAAACCCGGCAUGGAAUCCUGUAUAACCUACUUGCCUCUCAGCCACAUAGCUUCUCAAUUUUUCGAUAUCUUCCUGGGCAUGCUAAACGGAGCUAAUAUAUAUUUCGCCGACCGGAAUGCCAUGAAGGGUACUCUGUGUGAAACAAUCAAGAAGGUACGGCCAACCUGGUUUUUUGGUGUACCCAGAAUUUUUGAGAAACUCAUUGAGAGGCAGGCGAAAACGGAAGAAGAACAGAAGACACUGUACAACAAUGCUAGGGAACUGGUUCUGAAGCAGUAUAUGGACCAAAUGGCAGGAAAUAUUUCGGCCACAUUGGCCCCUGGCUGGGCUUUGGAUAUUGUCAAGGAAAUAAAAAUGGGGUUGGGUUUGGAUUGUCUAAAGUACUGCUUUACUGGUGGUGCCUCCGUAUCGGAGGAACUAAAACUGCAUUUCCUCAGCCUGGAUUUGCCCCUGGUCGAGGCAUUUGGCAUGUCAGAGACCUGUGGCGGUGUGACUGCCGAUUUCAAGCGGCCAAAUCUGCAGACAAGUGGUCAAGCCUUGGCUGGCGUGGAAUUUAAAAUUGAUAGUCCCGAUAUAUAUGGUGAAGGGGAGAUUCUAAUAAGAGGCCGCUGUAAUUUCAUGGGUUAUCUGAAGGAACCCCAUAAGACCAGGGAAGCUUUCACGGAAGAUGGCUUCAUCAAAAGUGGUGAUAUUGGUCAGCUGGAUGCUGGUGGAAAUGUUUACAUCAAUGGCCGUAUAAAGGAGAUUAUCAUUACUUCGGGUGGAGAAAACAUACCUCCCAUUUAUAUUGAAGACCAAAUCAAAAAGCUGUUGCCCUGUGUUGGUAAUGCCAUGGUCGUGGGUGAUAAUCGGAAAUAUUUAACAGUGCUCUUGACAUUUAAGACUCUCAUCAAUCCCGAUACCGGUUACCCCACAAACGCACUACUACCUGAGACCAUCCAAUGGCUGGCAACACUACAAGUACACUGUACAAAACUCAAUGAACUUUUGAAUAUUCAGCUACCAGAAAAUCUCCAACAUUUGGAUUUCAAUAACAUAGAAAUUAAACUGGAUCCCAGGGUAUUGAAAGGUUUACAGGAUGGCAUUGAUAGCUACAAUCAAGUGGCUCUUUCAAAUGCCCAGAAAAUACAAUAUUUUAGAGUGUUGCUACAUGACUUUUCAAUACCAACUGGGGAAUUGGGACCCACCCUCAAGAGUCGACGCAGUUUUGUUCAGCAGAAAUAUGCCAAAAUUAUAGAUCAAAUGUACAAUUAAUAAAAAA